CAGGCGCUUUUGAACUGACUUAGGCGGCGGGAUGAGAGGCGCCAGAGGGUCGGUGAGCGAGCAGCUGGUGUUCACGGCGAGUGCCGGGGAUGUGGACCCAGUGUCCAGGCCCGUGUUGCUAGUGGGGCAGUUGCCAAACUUGCAAAAACUCACCUGGGACCAAAUAAAGGGCAAGUUGGAGCCCCGAGUGAGUCCGGAGGUCUGGCAGGCUGCAUUGAGCACUUUGAAUCCCAAUCCAAUAGAUACCUGUUCUCUUUGGCUUAAUUAUGCUGUUGUGGCAGCCCUCCCAUCUAAAGUCAGCCGCCAUAACAGCCCGUCAUCGGCUCACUUUCUCACACGACUGAUUCGCAAUUGCUCGUCUGGAACGACUCAACAGUGCAUUGUGCUCGUUUGUGAAUACGCGGAGAUUUUCGCAUCAGCUUGUGCAGUAACAAGGGCAUUUCCCUUGUUCACUCGGCGCACUGGCUUGUUGGAACAAGGAGAGAAACUCACUGUUUCGGUAGAAUUUAUUCUAGUUGGAGAGAAUACCAACCCACUUAGUGAAUCUAUGCUUACGUGUCUGUUAAAUGUUGCUGAAGGCAUUCGACUAGCUGCUCGCAUUGUGGAUACACCUUGCAAUGAGAUGAAUACAGAUGACUUCCUUGCGGAAAUUGAACUUGUUGGAUCUGAGCUGGGCAUUAUUCCCACUGUUAUCCGUGGAGAGGAACUUAAUCUCAAGGGAUUUGGAGGUAUCUACGGAGUUGGAAAGGCUGCUGUGAGCCCACCGAUUCUUGCGAUACUUAGUUACACUCCAGAGGAUGCUACACAAACUAUAGCCUGGGUUGGCAAGGGUAUUGUUUAUGACACUGGUGGCCUCAGCAUCAAAUCAAAGACCUGUAUGCCAGGUAUGAAGAGGGAUUGUGGGGGUGCUGCUGCUGUCCUAGGAGCCUUCAGAGCAGCCGUGAAACAGGGUUUUAAAGAGAAUUUGCAUGCAUUGUUCUGCCUGGCAGAGAAUGCAGUUGGAGCUAAUGCUACAAGACCAGAUGAUAUUCACCAACUGUACUCUGGAAAAACAGUUGAAAUUAAUAACACAGAUGCAGAGGGCCGCCUGGUUUUGGCUGAUGGCGUGUCAUAUGCGUGCAAAGAUCUUAAAGCAGACAUCAUCUUGGAUAUUGCUACUUUAACUGGAGCUCAGGGUAUUGCUACUGGAAAGUAUCAUGCUGGGCUGCUUACCAAUAGUGAAGAAUGGGAGCAAGCCUGUGUAAAAGCUGGGCAGAAUAGUGGUGAUCUUGUGCAGCCAAUGGUGUAUUGUCCUGAAUUGCAUUUCAGCGAAUUUACUUCUGCUGUGGCAGACAUGAAAAAUUUUGUGUCGGAUCGAGCCAAUGCUAUGAGUUCAUGUGCGGGCUUGUUUAUUGAAGCUCAUAUUGGUUUUGAUUGGCCAGGCAUCUGGGUGCAUAUUGACAUGGCUUCACCAGUUCACACUGGAGCGCGUGCUACAGGCUAUGGAGUAGCACUACUGCUGGCAUUGUUUGGUCGUGCAACAGAUGAUGCAUUAUUGAACUUUGUUUCACCAGUUGGUGUUAACUUUGCUGCAGAAAGUGAUGCUACAAUGGAAAAUUGCUGCAAAAAGAGACGACUGGUAUAAAUUCUGCCUGAGGUUAUGUUCAUUGUUUAUUGUACAGAUUUGGAUGUAGAAAACCACUGAACUGGUGUGAGCCAUAUCUGUUGAAUUAUGCUUUAGGGUAGAUGCUGUGUGAAUUUAAAUACUAAAAGCUGUAUUCAUGAUGGUGUACAUUUGCUAGAUGCCAACAUUUUUAGACAUAAAUUAGGUCUCGUUUCAAAUGUUAAAUUUCAAAUGGUGCAGAAGGAAUCUGUUAUUUUGGCUUUAUUAUCUUAACGUGAUUUAUUGAUGUGCAAAAGUUGCAACUUCUCACAUAACCUAAAUCUAAUUCUUCAAGCACUGCCUAGGAUAUCAUUAUCAGUUUGACUUGGCCUAAUUUGCUACACAUUUAUUAAAAAGUCCUUGAUCACAUUGGUGUCUAUCCAUCUUGUGGUCAGGUUUUACAGAAUUUGUAGUUUUGCCUGUAAAUUGAUUGUGAAUCACUUAAUCUUUGCUCGUCAUCCUCUACUCCUAUGUCAUUUUAAUCAAGAUCUGCCCUAAUGUCGGAUGGCACCAGAGCUUGCGUUCAGCUCUAACUCAUUAUAAUGAGAAAGGGUGAUGGGGCAGUCCUGUUAUGUUCUGAGGCAAAGCUAAAGGGUUAACACUGAAUGUAACAAAGCAAAGCUUUUGUUUCACAUUUAUUCCGAUAUUUUGACAAGACUAUAGUGCUAACCUUCUGCUUCCAUAAUACUUGGUGAUGGUGCUGUCUUCAGAAGUCACUUCAUACAAAAUGCUAACAAUGUUUUUUUAGUUGUCUACUGUCCAGUUUGGUAACCGCGUCUUCUAGGCUAACGUGGUUGUUUUGCCAACUGAAUGCGUGUCCUUAAAACCAAAAGUACUCCAUUGAACACAAUGGGGGCAGAGUUGUGGUUGACAAUGUGCCCCAAUAAAGAAUGUCUCAAUGGAUGCGUAGUAUUAAUCUAACUGUGUUUGUAUCCUGGAGUCUUCAUAUGCAGAAUUCUCAUGUUAGCCUGUGAUUCAGGUUUUGCAGUUCCUCCUUUGUCAGCACAGGGAUAAUCACUGUUGAGAAAUCACUAAAACAGUGGAGUAAGGGGAGGUACCCAACUCAAGGUUCUGUGUGAAUGAGGAGAUUGACAUAUUUUCAAAAAUAUUAAGCCAGUUUGGUUAGAAUAUAUUUUUCCCAUGGUACAAAUAAAUCUGCACCUUGCA